GCGGCGCUUUUUACCCAGCGGCCGCCCCGCGCCAGGCGCCGCCGCAGCCUCCAUUGUUGCGGCCCGGCCCGGGCCCGCCGCCGCCGCCACCGCCGCCCAUGGAGCCACCGCCACCGCCCGCCCGUUGAGCGCAGCCCCGGGGCCGCCCCCGCCAUGGGCGUAGACUUCGACGUGAAGACCUUCUGCCACAACCUGCGGGCCACCAAACCCCCCUACGAGUGCCCGGUGGGCACCUGCCGCAAGAUCUACAAGAGCUACAGCGGGAUUGAGUACCACCUCUACCACUAUGACCACGACAACCCCCCCCCGCCCCAGCACACCCCCCUGCGCAAGCACAAGAAGAAGGGGCGGCAGGCCCGCGCCGCCAACAAGCAGUCGCCCAGCCCCUCCGAGACCUCUCACCCUUCCCCCGCUUCCUCUUCCGUUGCUCGUCCCCCGCCGCCAUCUCCUCCGCUCCCCGCCGCCUCCGCCGGCCCGUCCUCGGCCCGUGCCGAAACGGCCGCCCCGCGCCAGGCGCCGCCGCAGCCUCCAUUGUUGCGGCCCGGCCCGGGCCCGCCGCCGCCGCCACCGCCGCCCAUGGAGCCACCGCCACCGCCCGCCCGUUGA